AUGACUAGAAUAUUCUUUGAUUGGUUACUUGGCUUCCACUGGGUUACGAUUUGUUAUUUCAGCCUCUCGAAUGCCGCGCCUCCGAAGUUACUCAAUGUCGAAUCGGAAGGCCUGAGAGAAGCUCGGCUUGGCAAAAGCUCAGAGGCCGAUUUGGACAUGUUCCAGGGUCUAGAGUCGUUGGAAUCACCUCGGGAUAGUAAGAAGAGGAGAAUCACGGAGGAGUUUCCUAGCGAUUUCGUGGACCUGUUGAAUAACUUUUCCGCGAAUGAGAAAGGAAAAAACUCACUCAGGCCAGUAUUUGAAGACUCAGUGGAGGAAGAAGCCGUUGUACCGAUGAAAGCCACUCAGCCUGGGCCGUCAGGAAACCAUGUUCCUCUAGAUCCUCAACCGAUUGAGAAUAUCAACAACUCCCUCACAGAACCAAACACAAGAGAUGUACAGAUUGAAAAAUCAAAUGCUGAACGUCUGGAAGUAACUUCUCCAGUCAGCCAUGAAAACUCUCAAAUUCAAAGUCACACCGGUACUAGCCAUGGAAAUCAAGGGAAGCAAUGGAAGGUCAAAUUAUUGAGUCUUGAAAGAAAAUAUGAGACUUUCUCCUCAAAUUCGGAGUUGGUUCGAUCGUUUCCCUUGGUUCACCGCUUACAGGCGGAUAUAAAUGAUCCAGAAAUCGUCGAAGGAUUCAAAGAAUAUGUGACAAAGAAGUGUGCUAAACUAGAACCGAAAGGCUUGCUACUACGAGUAAGUCCUCGUCGAAGGUUAAGGGCAGGCGACUCACCAAUCGCCAUGACUCCAUCAUUAGAACGAGUGAAGGAUGACGAAGAGGAAAUUUAUCUUAUCAGACCGAUCAAUGUCGAAGGCUCAAAAUCGGGCUGUUGGAGAAAUUUGGGAUCAAUCAAGGAGUUAAUCCUCAACAUCUUCCGCGCCUUACUCACGUUUCAUGAACUUGCCAAUCUUAGCAAAGUGUGGGAUAAGCUGUUGGUCACAGGACCGGAUACAUCGCAGAAAAAAUUGAUUCGUUGGUUCAAAAAUGUCCUGUUCAGAAACACUAGAAACGGAUUGCCGAUUCUAGGUUGGGUGAAACUCAAGAUUGAUAAAGACCAAGAAAUCGAUGAUUUAUUUGGUCUUACCCAGUAUUACCUAUCUAGUUACUUGGUUGCUCCUGGAAAAUCUUGCACUGAUCAGGUCUUCAAGAUUGCUAUCAUUCUAUUGGAAAAUUGGUAUCAAUCGACUGCGUCGAAGCUAUCCAUAGUAUCAGUUGAAGAUGAUCAUCCUGAUAGCUACUGGAGUGUAAUGUCCAACGUAAAAUUGGAAGAAGAACAACUUCAAGAACUUCUAUAUAAGCGACACAUCGCCGAUUAA